CGAGCUGUCUUCCCGCAGGGACAAGUGACCCUCUCUCGCGCAUGCCAUAAGAAGGAGGUGAUGGCAGCCCAUUUUACAUAUGAGAAUAGUGAGGCUCAGAGAAAUUAACUACCACAUCGUGAGUGUAUGCAGGAGCUGGAACUCAAACCAGAUGUCUCUGAUACUCUGUACUACCACAGCGUCAUCCUGGUGAAGGGCAAUUUCAUUUCAAUAUAAUGACCAUGCAGCCUGCAAUUCAAGUAUGGUUUGGAGAAGACCUGCCCCUGAGUCCACGGAGUCCUCUGACUCCCAGACACGGGCCGGGACUGGCGAAUGUGUGUCAGUAUGACGAGUGGAUCGCUGUGCGGCACGCGGCCACUCUGCUGCCCAUGCAGGAAGACCUGUCCAUCUGGCUCUCUGGUUUGCUCGGCAUUGAAGUUAAGGCAGAAAGAUUAUUGGAAGAACUUGAUAAUGGAGUGCUAUUAUGCCAACUGGUUGAUGUUCUUCAAAACAUGGUGAAAACGUGCGGCUCUGAAGAACCGGGAAAUUUUCCAAUGAGAAAAGUACCCUGUAAGAAAGAUGCUGCACCAGGUUCAUUCUUUGCCCGAGAUAAUACUGCAAACUUCCUUCACUGGUGUAGGGACAUCGGGGUUGAUGAAACUUACCUCUUUGAAUCUGAAGGUUUAGUUUUGCACAAAGAUCCAAGACAGGUGUAUCUUUGUCUUCUUGAAAUUGGUCGAAUCUUGUCAAGAUAUGGUGUUGAGCCACCAGUAUUAGUAAAACUUGAGAAAGAAAUUGAGUUAGAAGAGACCUUGCUUAAUACUUCUGGGCCCGAAGAUUCCAUCAGCAUCCCCAAAUCGUGCUGCCAGCAUGAAGAGCUCCAUGAAGCUGUUAAACAUAUUGCCGAGGACCCUCCGUGUAGUUGUUCGCAUCGGUUUUCUAUUGAGUACUUAUCUGAAGGACGGUACCGACUAGGGGAUAAAAUUCUCUUCAUAAGAAUGCUUCAUGGAAAACACGUCAUGGUUCGUGUUGGUGGAGGCUGGGAUACUCUUCAAGGAUUUUUGCUUAAAUACGACCCCUGUCGAAUCUUACAGUUUGCUACGCUAGAACAAAAAAUUUUAGCAUUUCAAAAAGGAGUUGCUACUGAAAGUGUACCUGAUUCCCCUACCAGAACACCUCAGCCUCCUGACAUGAAUCCCUUGUCAGCAGUCAACAUGUUUCAGAAGCAAAAUUCAAAGCCUGGCACGCCAGCUGGUAUUCCAAGGGGCAAAGAAAAACCGGUACGUCAACCAGGUGUGUUGUUGCCAGCAUCUUCCCUGAAAGCGGGUAAUCUGGGCUCCGGGUCAGCGUGUUAUAAAUUCACAAAUUCUGCAGCAGCGUCCCCCCAUCUCAAGUCCUCAAAAGGCAUAACAAAGAAACCACAAGCGCCUUUGAACAAGGCAUCAUCUUCACAUGCUGCUUCACAUCCAGGAGGUAAAAACACUUCUUCACCAGCUUUACCAAGAACUGCACCCUGUGUGUCUGAGCCAUUGAGAAAAUGUGUUGCGUCCCCCAGUACCCCGAAGGCCAAGCUUACCCCAGCCAAGAUUUCAAGAGAUCUGCCUGAGUCUACGCUUUUGCCAAGUAAGAGUUCUGGAAAAACAGAACCCAUGUAUUUAAAACACAAUCAUGUUUCUUCCCCGGAUGGGGCAGUAUUUCACUUGGCUGCACAUUCAAAUUCAUCAUCAAAGGGUCCCAAGCUGCCUACAGCAAAUACACACGUCAGGCCUAAACCUUCUCCAUCUCUCCAAUCCUCUGCUAAAAUGACAAAGCCCAGCUCCAAAACUACGGCCACGGGUCUAGGAACACGGUCUCAGCCACCUACUGGAGCCCCACAAGCAAAGCCAGUCCCCACACAGAAACUUAAAUCGGCCUUGAAUUUACAUCUACCAGGUUCUGUAUCCUCGGUUUCUUCUGGAAAAGCCACACAGGAACUGAAAGAUAAGAAUAUAGUUUCAAUUGCCAAAAAGCAGCCUCAGAAUAAAAGUACUUGCCAGAAGAAAGGAUCCAGCUCCCCCAGGUCACCCGGCCGCACCCCACUGUCCAUUGUGAGCCUUCCCCAGUCUUCUGCCAAAACACAAACCGUGCCAAAGUCACCGCAGCCUGCCACUAAAGUCCAGUCCUCUGCUAAAGGAUCUCCCAAAGGUGGUAAAACCCCACCUUCGACCAGGAAACCCCUCUCAUCUGUUAAGGGAACAGAUAGUGGAGGUAAAAAACCUGCUGCCAAGAAAAAGGAUGGUGAUGACCAUUAUUUUGUCAUGACUGGAAGUAAGAAACCUAGAAAAUAAGCACCUAGGUGUCAUUUUAAGAAAAUAGGAAAAAGAGGGAAUUAUGUUGGUUUCACAUCUUCUCUUUGUGUUUGUCCAAAUGGGGCAGACGGUAAGUGCCACGAGAGUGGGUGGAGGUUGGGACCAGCAGAAAGUUCCUUAGAAUUCACCAGAAGUGCUCUUCUGAGGCACUGAGUUUCUCAUUUAUAAUAGACGUGUAUAUGAUUUUUAAUCUAUACCAUUUUUGUUAAUGUCUUCCCUUGAAGGGAAACGUAAAAAUUAAAUAACACUACAAGAAUUAUAACUAUCGUUGUAGUUGUUUUUGAACGUGUAUUAAAUGUGCAGCUUACAUACCUGCUCAUGUUAACAGUGGUGCUCAUACUUUUAGUUCAUUGCAUUUCAGUAAAAGAGCAACGGUUUGGCAUUUGUCCCACAAAAGGCACUUAAUUUAAUUCCCAGAUUAGGAUUGCCCGAUCCAACAAUACUGAGUACCAGUGGCUGCUGCUGGUUAGUUUGGUACUACUCUGAGUUAGGGACAACUCACUGACUAUUUUUAGGCUUUCUAAACACUAAUUUUCUUACAUGGCAUAUAUUAACAUUGGCCAUAUUUUUUCACCAAUGUUUUUGGUUAAAAAAAAAACCCAAAUUAAUGAAACAAACUGAAAUUUGGCAAAACCUUUUUAUUUUAAUAUAAUCUAUAACAACUACAAAAACUUAAGACACUUUAUAAUUUAGAUAGAUGUGCAAUGUGGCAGAGGAAACUGAUUUAGUAGCUUUUAUCAUAUUAAAAAUAUAUUUUAAUAAUGUUAUUUCCAGACCUGGUGUGGUGGUUUACACCUAUAAUCUUAGCACUCUGAGAGGCUGAGGCAGGUGGCUUGCCUGAGCUCAGGAGUUCAAGACCAGCCUGAGCAAGAGUGACACCCCCAUCUCUAAAAAAAAUUGCCCAGCGCUGUGGCAGGUGCCUGUAAUCUCAGCUACUCAGGAGGCUGAGGCAAGAGGAUUGCUUGAGCCCAAGAGUCUGAGGUUGCUAUGAGCUGUGAUGCCACAGCACUGUACUAAAAGCAACAAAAUGAGACUGUAUCCCAGUGGUUAGGGCGCUGGCCACAUACACUGGGCUGGUAGGUUCAAACCCGGCCCGGGCCUGCUAAACAACAAUGACAACUACAACAAAAAAAGUAGCUGGGCAUUGUAGCGGGCACCUGUAGUCCUAGUUACUUGGGAGGCUGAGGCAAGAAAAUCACUUAAGCCCAAGAGUUUGAGGUGGUUGUGAGCUGUGAUGCCACAGUACUCCACCGCAGGUGACAUAAUGAGACUCUGUCUCAAAAUAAAUAAUAAAAACAUUUCCCGUGAGUAUAAAUAUAAAUUUUUACAUUGGAAUGUUUUAAUAUCAGAAUGUUUUAGCACUCUUAAAGAAUCUUAGAGUGAUGCUAUGUAAAAAUCUUAUCAUGAGAUUAUUAUUUUUCUUUGGAUAGCACAAUAUCAGUUUUAAUUAGUUUUUUACAAUUAUGUUAAUUUUCUUAAAGUCACACUGUCUCCAGUUUUCCAAUGGCAAGUGGACAGCACACAUGCAACAGUUUUUGUUUUAUAGGCAGAGUAUUUCAAGAAACGUAUUCAGAUCCUGUAAGGAGUGCUUAGACACCAUAACCUCAAAUGAUAUCUGUAAAUAAAUUAUUUUUAAGGGCUUGUUACUUCUCCUAUUUAAAAUUAUUAAUGUAACUUUGAGAAAUUUUGAGGGUGUUUCGUUAACUUUACAGUGUUACUUCUCCUAUUUAAAAUUAUUAAUGUAACUUUGAGAAAUUUCGAGGGUGUUUCUGUUAACUUUACAGUGUUAUCCGGUUAUUAUAUUCAGUAUCGUGUUUCUCUAUUUGUGUUUCCUAAAGAAAAUAAUAAUUUACAUAAAUAUACAGUCAUAGAAUUAAGCAUUUUAAGCUAGCUACUAACGUACACUGGAUUAUAAAGUAAGAAAACUUUGUAUAAAAAUAAGUAAUCUUUUGCCUGAAGAGUACUGUUAAAAUCAAAGACAUUUGCAAGCUUGUUUUGAGAAUAAUUGAUGCUUUUCUUCUUAAAAAAGGGAGUGAUCAAAUAUUUGGUUUAGUUUUACUGUGGAGCUGGGCAUUGAGAGGAUAAUAUCUUCGGAGAGUAAUAGCAAAAAAGGUAAAUGGUGUGAUAGCCAACCUAUGACUCCAAGGAGAUUUUACAAUAUGUAAUUUACAGCAUUAACAAUAUGUGAACAUCAAGUUUUGUGUUGAGAAUAAUCAGGGAUGAAAGUAUCCUACAGGCAUCUGGCACAAAUUCCAGAACUAACCAAAGAAUUAUUCAUUUGAUAAAUUGGAAGUCAAUUUAUAAAUCAUUCUAUUCUUCAGCAAUAGAGAAUUUCUCCAGUUAUAUUCAUGUGGAAUGAAUUUUUAUUUUAUAUAGCUUACCCUUCCAAAACAAAGAUUUUGCUUGAAUAAACAAUGUCUGAAAGACAAUUUCUUUGAAUAUAUUUUUAAAACCCGUUAAAAAGCUAAUGUUUAUAGUCAUUUUCAUAAUUUUAAAGCAACUUUUACACUGCUGAAGUUGGAAAGACAUUUUCAUUUCUUAAUAAUAGUACAAGAUUUUGUAAAUUUUUGUAUUUAAUUAAAUGAGUAUUAAGUUUAAAUUACUCAAGUACCUGGGAGAAGAAAUAAUAUGUACUUUCAAGAAAAUGGAAUAUGUUUUCAUUUUUCUUUGAUAUAAUUUGUUAAUAUGACUAAUACAUAAAAUUAAACUUCAGAGAAAAAUGAAAUGCUGAUUAUUUUUGUAUCAUUCGAGCUUCGAGUGGGUGUUUAACACUGUGUCUUCAAAAUGCCUUGAUAAAUUAGAUGACCUUUCACUUUCCUGUCUAUAUAGAAUUUAUAGUUCUUAAUAGAUAAGGGAAUUUUUUAAAAGAAAAAUUAUUCUUUCUGCAACCUUUUUAUUUUAUUUAAAACAUGCUACUUCUUUAAAAGGCUUCAAUAACAGGUUGUUUAUAUUCUUACCUCCAGGUUCACAUACUGAUUCCACUUUAAUUCAAAUCUGUUUAUAUUAAAAAGAAAAAAAAAACAAAUUU